AUGGUUGGACUGAAGCCUUCAGAGGUGCCUCCCACAACGGCUGUGAAGUGCCUGGGAGCAGGCACGGCAGCCUGUUUCGCUGACCUCCUCACCUUUCCACUGGACACAGCCAAGGUCCGCCUACAGAUCCAGGGGGAGAACCAGGCAGCCCGGGCCACCCAGAACGCUCAGUACCGCGGCCUGCUGGGCACCCUCCUGACCAUGGUGCGCACCGAGGGCCCCUGCAGCCCCUACAACGGGCUGGUCGCCGGCCUGCAGCGCCAGAUGAGCUUCGCCUCCAUCCGCAUCGGCCUCUACGACUCCAUCAAACAGUUCUACACCCCCAAAGGAGCAGAACACUCCAGCAUCACAACCCGGCUCCUGGCCGGCUGCACCACAGGGGCCAUGGCAGUCACCUGUGCGCAGCCCACAGAUGUGGUGAAGGUCCGAUUUCAGGCCAGCAUACAGAUUGGGCCUGGGAGUAACCGGAAAUACAGCGGGACUAUGGAUGCCUACAGAACCAUCGCCAGAGAGGAAGGGGUCAGGGGCCUGUGGAAAGGAAUUCUGCCCAACAUCACGAGGAACGCCAUCGUCAACUGUGCCGAGAUGGUGACUUACGACGUCAUCAAGGAGAAGCUGCUGGACUAUCACCUGCUGACUGACAACUUCCCCUGCCACUUUGUCUCUGCCUUUGGAGCCGGCUUCUGUGCCACGGUGGUGGCCUCCCCAGUGGACGUGGUGAAGACCCGGUAUAUAAACUCACCCCCAGGCCAGUACCGCAGCCCCCUGCACUGUAUGCUGAGAAUGGUGGCCCAGGAGGGGCCCACAGCCUUCUAUAAGGGAUUUACACCCUCCUUCUUGCGUUUGGGAUCCUGGAAUGUGAUGAUGUUUGUCAGCUACGAGCAGCUGAAACGGGCCUUAAUGAAUGUGCAGAUGUUACGGGAAUCUCCCUUCUGAACAGGCAAGAGGCCACUUUGUUCUUGACAGGUACGAAGCCAAUUAAGAACGGGAUAAAGCAGUAUGUCCAUGCUCACAGGGACACACGCCCACACAUGUUUACAGAACUGUUUUCUUGCUGCUGAUUCAAGAAAUAAGUGGAAGAGGAGGACAGAUUCCAGUCUUCAGUCUUUGUCUUAAGAACACCUUGAUUUUGCACUGGCAAGAUGGAAAAUAAAUUAUAUUAAUUUUUGAAGCCCAUUAGUCUGGAUGCCUAACAUUUAGGCAAAAGAAAAUAAAUCAAAACAUCCAUUUGGAUAAAAUGGAAAUUUUCAAACUCAUGACCCCUGAAAAUCUGAUUAGACAAUGAAUUAUAAACAGGAAAGACUGCAAGCAUGGGGAUGGAGUGGACACACGGAUUCAGCUGGAAAUCCACUAAGGACCCUAGAGGGGCACUGAAGAAGCAAUGCAAAGCUUGUGAUUGCAGUCUUCAAUUAACCAUGGACUGCCAGCCAUAUUGUAAUGUGUCUGCUGUGUAGAACCCAUUAGGAUUCUAGGAAAUGAGAGAGAAAAAGAGAAAACCUAGAACCCGUGCCAAAAGAGCCCUGCUGAGCCACUGGGGGUCUGAGGCUUGUGCAUCUUCCAUGGUGACACUGAAGAAUCCAGAUGGCAGCCUCUGUCCCCUUUCCUAUAAAAUGGGGAUAAUCCCCUCCCUGCCUACCUCACAGGGGUGUUAUGACGAUCAAUGUGAAGCUGGACAUGAAAGUGCUUUAUAAGAGCUAACGAUGUGUACAAUGUACAGACGUACAAUGUAACAACAGUGUCAUGGGAAAGAUUUUGUGACAGAGGGGUACUACUAGGGAAGUUUUUGAAAGGCAUGGUUGUUUAGAGGUGAGACCCAGAGAACCAGGGGUGAGGAUGGGGGUGGGGGUGGUGACAGAGG